AUGUGCUGUAUACGGCUCGAAGAACCAAAAUUGUGCUGCAUACGGCUCGAAGGACCAAAAAUGUGGGGUCUUAUGGUGCACGUACUAAUUUACGCACUCGCCAUUAACCACCUAGUUGCGCUGACACUCGUACAUAUGCCUUACGAAUACAUACUCAUGCUCCUUACGGCUACAUACUCAAACGCAUAUUGUUUUUCUCGCCACGGGUGGCGUGAUACGCACAACUACCGCGCAUGCGCAUACAGUCGCACCGUUGCGGCAAAUUUAGAGGAGGAAAAAUGUAAGCAGUAUCAACGACUGGAGAAAAUAAGGAAGCAAAAGGCGCACUUAUUCGCCGCUUUAGCGUUUCUGUGCCGCUGCCGGGACCCCAACAUCAUACCAGCAUUCCUUAGACAGAAACAAAUUCUCCAAUCAGCGAAGGCAAACAGAAUCUACGUUAGGACUGAGAAAGCCUUUCUUCGGGAACAAAUUCACCACACUCGUCGUAGCCUUGCGAAGACGGACAAGGAUCUUCUUGACCUGCGCUUGACACUGAGCAACAAGAUCGAACAACAGAAUUGGAUCAGAAUGGAUGCAAUCUCACAUUCCAACAUGAGAAACGAACUGGACCGUACAAAAGAGCAACAGAUCAGGAAAUACGAGAAGUUUCGGAAAAAACAAGCGCCCAAAACAGCAAACCUAGACCGAGGGAACUUCGCAAUCACUCCUCGUCACAUUCCGAUUGAAGAGAUCAUCUCCAGCACGGAAGCAGCCAUCAAGAAUCAAUCGGACCAGGAUGCCGAAGAGAUACGAAUUGAGACAGCCAACAUCUUCAGGAGGGUAAAACUACCCAAGACCAACCUGACGAGAAGUGAAGGACUGGCACUGCGGAGUCUGAACACGGAUGAGGGUAUCAUCAUACUUCCAGCAGAUAAAGGAAACGCAACCGUUCUUCCGAAGACCGAGGGCUACGAAAGGAAGAUUGAGAAACUCUUGGACCCGGGAGCUACAAACCCCUGA